ACUGGACAGGCUCAAAUACCAAAUUUCAUCAAAAUAUGAAGAAAUCAGAUUCUCCCCUGUUUCUUGUCUUCGUACUCAUAGUAUCUCUACUAGUAGAAACAACAUUAGCAGAUCCAAGAUCCCACACAAUUGAGCUCAUGUGCGAAACUAAGUUAGAGCACAACACAACCAUCUAUGUCCCCAACUUCAUUGGCACCAUGGAUAUCCUUGGCAACAAGAUUCGAACUUCUGAUUUUGGAGUAGCAAUUGUGGGCUCAGGGCCUGACGGUAACUAUGGCCUUGCUCAAUGCUACGGAGAUCUCUCCCAGCUUGACUGUGUUCUUUGCUAUGCUGAGGCACGAACUGUCCUUCCCAAAUGCUUCCCUAACAAUGGGGGCCGCAUCUACCUGGAUGGUUGCUUCUUGCGUGCUGAGAAUUAUAGCUUCUUCCAGGAGAUUACAGGUGCUGGAGACAAGGCUGUAUGUGGAAACGCAACGAAGGGACCUGGGUUCUUGCAGUCUGCUAGAAAGGCUGUGCUGGAUGCAGUUGCAGCUGCACCGCAUCAGGGAGGAUACUCCAGGUCUACGGUGCGUGUGUCAGGUACAAGUAAUGAGUCAGCUUAUGUUCUGGCAAAUUGCUGGAGAACAUUGGAUCCCACCUCUUGCAGAGCAUGUUUGGAGAAUGCAUCAGCCUCGAUAAUAGGGUGCUUGCCAUGGUCAGAAGGGCGGGCACUUGCAGGGUGCUUCAUGAGGUAUUCAGACACAAACUUCCUGAACGCAGAACAGAGCAGUGGAAAUUCAGCAGGGAGAAUAGCAGUGAUGGUGGUUGCCAUCUUGAGUUCUGUGGCUAUUUUACUAAUGGGGGUGGCUAUAGGAAUAUACAUUUGGAAGCGCAGAAUAAUACAGAAGAAAAGAAGAGGUGCAAAUGACAUGGUAAAAUUGGUGAAGACGCUUCACGACAGUAGCUUGAAUUUCAAGUACUCUACACUUGAAAGGGCUACCGGAGCUUUUGAUGAUGACAACAAGCUUGGUCAAGGAGGAUUUGGAACAGUUUACAAGGGAGUUCUGCCUGAUGGAAGGGAGAUCGCUGUGAAGAGGCUUUUCUUUAAUAACAGACACAGAGCUGCAGAUUUCUACAAUGAAGUUAACAUGAUAAGUACCCUGGAACACAAGAAUUUGGUCAGGUUGUUGGGUUGCAGCUGUUCAGGACCAGAAAGCCUUCUCGUCUAUGAAUUUCUCCCAAAUAAGAGCCUUGACCGCUUCCUAUUCGAUCCAAGUAGAGGUAACGUACUGGCCUGGGAGAAAAGAUUCGAAAUAAUCAAAGGGGCAGCACAAGGUUUGGUCUACCUUCAUGAGAACCCCAAUAUUAGAGUCAUUCACAGAGAUAUAAAAGCCAGCAACAUCCUAUUAGAUUCAAAGCUCCAAGCUAAAAUUGCUGAUUUUGGGUUAGCAAGGUCUUUCCAAGAAGAUAAAAGCCACAUCAGUACUGCCAUUGCAGGAACACUGGGAUAUAUGGCUCCUGAAUACCUAGCUCAUGGUCAGUUAACAGAAAAGGCAGAUGUCUAUAGCUUUGGGGUGCUGUUACUAGAGAUCGUCACAGGACUGCAGAACAACAGAAACAAAACAGCUGAGUAUUCUGACAGUCUUGUCGCUGCUGCAUGGAAACACUUCCAACUAGGGACAGCAGAGAAGCUUUUUGAUCCAAAUUUAUUGUUGCAUAAUUACAAUGAUGACAUUAAGAAGGAAAUUGUGUGGGUAGUGCAUGUGGCACUUUUAUGCACACAAGAGGUGCCCUUGUUGAGACCAUCAAUGUCAAAGGCCCUACAAAUGCUCUUGAAGAUGGAUGAACAACUCCCUGCACCCACAAAUCCUCCUUUUAUGGAUGUGACGACAAUGGCACUCACUGACUCAUGUGGAGUCCAAGAUCACCUUCUUAGUACUACUACCACACUUUCUGUUGCUACCGUCUCCCACAGCUCCUUUUAUCCCAGGUGACCUCAGAAGGAAAUUUCAAAAACAAACCAUGCCAGCGCUUGCACAAAUGCAAGAGCACAAGCAGUUUGGAUAUAAAACUUGGCCAGCUUCAUUUAGAGGGGGUGUCAGAGAGGAAAAGGCAAUGAGAUCUGGAUGAACUAAAUGAAGCUUCUGUGUUGACAAGAGUAGCCAGGCUAAUAUGAGGAAAAUCUUCGAACUGAAACGUAUGCAGUGUAAGAAUGUAAUGUAACUUUUUUCACAUGAUUUCUUCUCAAUUAAUUCAGAGCAAUUGAGUA